AUGUUUAAGAAUAAUUCGGGAGUUCAGCAGUUAUUUCGUGAGUUACGGGAUCUGAAGACGACAGACGAGUUGCGGAUGAGUGAAGUUUUGGAAAAACAUGCCAGCAAGGUGAUGAGUAUAUUGGACGAUAGCAUCAAUAACAUAGACAGCGUGGACAUCACAUUAGAGUUACUUCAUAGAACAGGGGCAUCACACAAAGGAUAUCAAGGCUUCACGGCAGAAUUAUUUUGGGAAAUUGAGCAACCUUUCUUAGAUUCAGUAAAACUGACUUUAGGUGAUAGAUACACAGACAAUAUGGACUCCAUCUAUAAAAUUACCAUCAAAUUUAUUCUGGAAAACUUAAUCAAAGGCAUGAAAAACUCAUGA